AUNUAUGAAUUUCUCUUUCAGAGAUUAAAAGAAACAUUUCCACCUCUAUAUCUGAGAGCGAUUCUUCAAGUUUCCAGCAUAUGUUGAACGUACGAAAAAAGCAGGCACAGUGCUCUCUACUUCUUGAACUUAAUAAGAAAGAUGAUGUUCCUUAUGCACUCAACUUAUGUGAAAAAUUUGGUGUCAUCAAGAAUGCUUAUUCAUUUUCUGGUGUAUCAGAUAAUGUUUAUGUUUUACUUGAGUUUGAACAGGAAGAAUGUGCCAAGAAAUUGCUUCUUGAGUCUCAUUUUAAAAAUAUUCUAGAUGCUUUCCCUGUUUUAUCACGCAUUAUUGGCUAUACCAGAAAAUAUGACCAAGAUGAGCCAAAAGUGUCAAUCAAAGUUAUUGAAAAUAACCUAAAUACAAUUCCAAUAAAAGAAGGAACUGUUUCUGACUUAAUUGAACAUAUUUAUAAUGAAGAAAAGUUAACAGAGCUUAAUGUCAGGCUAAGAUUUUUCUUUUGCUGUAUUUUGAAAGAAUUUCUAUCAGGUCCGUUUCCGUACUGUGAUGUUCUUCCCUUUGGUUCUUCAGUGAAUGGAAUUGGAAGGCAUGGUUGUGAUUUAGAUUUAAUGAUACGUCUCUAUCCUGAAAAAAUAGAUACAAGCUCUGAAUUGUAUUUUGUCAACAAGACCUGUGUGGGAGACAUUAAAAAUUUACAGCGAAGAGUAGUACACUGCAUAGGUGAUUUGUUGCGAACUUUUUUACCUGGUAUUACUUCUGUGAAUAAGAUUUUACAUGCUAGAGUUCCCAUUGUCAAACUGGAUCACAAGAUUUUAGGCAUGGAGGUUGAUAUUUCUGUAAAUAAUUUGGCACCGAUCCUCAUGUCUGAGCUACUAUAUUUCUGUGGGGAGGUAGAUUCACGAAUUAGACCUUUAAUAUACGCUGUAAAGAAAUGGGCACGAGAAACAGAUAUUACUAAGAGCUCACCUGGCUCAUGGUUUACUAAUUUCUCACUCACAUUAUUAGUAGUUUACUUUCUACAGAAUAGGCCUACACCUGUAUUGCCUCCUCUAAAAGAAAUUAUAAAUAUCAUAGGAGCUGAAUUUACUGAUGAAUACAGAUUUGAAUAUUUAAUGACUCUUCCAGAAUUGCAAGCUAAAGCCUCUCUAAACAAAGAAUCUAUAGCUGUUCUCUUACAGGAGUUUUUAUUAUAUCUGGGAUCCCAUCCAUUUGAGGACAGAUGUAUAUCAUUAAUGACUGGUUCUGCCAUAGAAAGAUCAUCAGAAUUUCCAGUGUGGAUUCAGUACCCACUUGAGGAGGAUUUAAAUGUUUCAAAAAAUGUUUCACAAUAUGAACUAUGGAACACAUGCAGGAAAGCUCGUGCUUCAGCUAAGUUCCUUACUACUAAUCUUAAUGCUAAAAGUCUCCACUUAAAGGACUUAUCUAUAUUGCUUGGAAUUGCCGAGGUGUUGAAACUUGAUGAGAAUAAGUCAAAGCGGGUGGAUGUGAAAACUAUCAUGGGUAGAGAUGACCGAAAUGUAAGAAAACCAUUAAGGAGAAUAAGUUGAUAAUUGUAAAUAAAUUAGUUUUUAAAAACUUG